AUGCCCAACGAGGUCCAGUUUGCUGUAACAACCUCCACUCAUAGCCCUAGGCCGCAGGAUGAGCUUCCUAAAAAGGCCUCUUGUGAUGCCUGUCGUCGGCGAAAGGUCAAAUGCGACAGAAUUCAGCCAUGUAGCCAGUGCACAUCCUCGUUCUACGACUGCACAUUCUCCGAGCCAGCCCGCAAGAAGCGCAAAACGGCAACGGAUGAGAAGAUCGAGCUUCUCGAGCGCCGAAUAAAGGCCAUGGAAGAAGCGGCCCAGGCUGCGCCAGACUUACCUACUACAGCAUCAUCGCCUGUUUCGAGAGGCCUACCACAGGCCCAGGCAGCCCAGCCCGGUGCAAAAGUCUUUCAUCCUACUGAGAAAGGAGAUCUGGAGUUCACAGGCUAUUCGGCUGACCGUACAUUUAUCGAAGGCUUCAAGCACAAGCUCGGAGACUGGGAGCUCGAUGCAACACAUAAACGCGUCCCUGCUGCUUUUGCAGUUCCAGGACUCUUCGAUACAACUCGGGGACCGGCAGUCGAUGUCGAGCUUCCACCCAAACAUGUCGCCAGAAAACUAGUUGACGCGGCACUGGAUGCCCAGAUUCUGUUUGGCAUCAUCCACCGCCCGUCGUUCAAUAAUCUGUUCACGCUCGUCUACUCCCUUGAUCGGUCUCAUUACAGUUUAGAGGAAUGGCGGUUCCUGGCCCUUCUAUACGCCGUUCUUGCUUACGGUGGCCUGUUCAUUGACGCCGCUGAUGGCCAAGAGAACGAUGUCCUUUCGAACUCGUCCUGUUACUACGAGAAAAGCCUACAGCUGCAAAAUAUCGCCGAUUGCAAAGACCUUGUCUCUCUCCAGGCCAUCUUCUUCAAGAUCCUUUACCUCCUCGCAACCACCCGAGUCUUCACCUGCUACACCUACGUGAGUACUGCGCUAUCAGUGGCAUUACGGAUGGGACUCCAUCGAGUAGACUCCUCCACAGCCCCUCAGGAUUUGAUCCAGCGGGAGACCGGAAGACGAGUAUUCUGGGCCGUUUGGACGCUCACCAAUGAAGUUGCCGCUACCUGUGGACUUCCAGUUCUUCUCAGCAGCGAAGAGAUCGACCAGGAAACCCCAAUUGAGGUUAACGACUCCUAUAUCGAAGCGCGACAGAUUCUGCCGCAGCCGGAAGGUGAAUUCUGUUUGACAGCCAUCGCCGCAGUGUAUCGACGACUCCAUAAUGUUUUCCAAAAGGCAGGAAAGCACAUUUACUCUGAGAACCAGACCAGUCUGCUCCAGACAGGAGGUGUAGGGAGCCACCUCGUGAGCAUGAGUAAAUUAAAAGGAAUUGAAAAACAGCUUCACCAAUGGGUUCGACAGUUACCCGACCAUCUUGUUCUAGGCAAUGGACCCGACGACCCUGAACUUGCCGCAGCCCGGUUUAACCUCUGCAUAUUAUACGCACACGCACAGCUCUACAUAUACCGCCCCUUUCUCCGACAAUUCAUGAUGCACACAGGAAAUCCAGACCAGGCAGAUAGCACAAGCUCGAGAUGGCUCGCGACGAUAUGCAUACAGGCAUGCGAGAACAUCAUCAUCCUAUGCGAAGACAUGUAUAAACGGGGCUUACUAGCCGGCGGGAACUGGUUUACGACUCGUGCAUUAUUCAGCUCGACCCUGACUCUCUUCUACGUCGCCCUAUCAUCCAAAGACCCCGGGUUGCUUCAGACAGGAUCGAUUUGCACGCGUUUGGCACUGGGUAGGAAAGUCUCGGACAGUCUUGCGAAGCGCAGUGGCCUUGCCCAUCGGUGGAAAGUCAUGAUGACGGUUAUGAUCGCAACCCUCCCAAGCAGUGCUCGUCAUAUACAAGAGAAGCUCCUCAGCUUAGACAGUAUGAUGCCGGACCUGACCUUAUACAAAGAUCAAUCUCAACCGGAUGAUGUUUACACAACCUCUUUAGGAGCGUCGGCUCUAAAUCUCCUAGGCAGCGACAGUUCAACCGCCGAUAAAGUCAAAUGGCUGGCACCCCAUCAUCUCGAAGCCCUUGGCCUUGGCUGUCCUGAACAUGAAGACUGCCAGUCUCCUUCGUGUAGGCUGGAUCUAGAAUCAGCUCGCGAUAAUAUAGGCCUCACUGAUGUCCCUCAACUUGAUAACAAUAUCGGAGACUACUUUCUGGGGAGCAAUGUGCCCGGAGCCAGCGAUGAGCCAGUUAGUAUGCCACUGGAAAGCGAAGUGGGAUUUGGAGAUCUCGACGAGUUUCUGGAUCUUCAGAACUGGCUAUAG